UGAGGAGGACAAGGGCUCCAUCUGGCCCUCCAGCUGGGUGGACAAACCUCCAGGCCAUUCCUGCAUUUCAGUGCCCAUUUUUUUUUGUGUCUACACUUUGCCUCCAUGCAGACAAAACACCCUGUUGAGACUUAUUUCCGCCUCUGCUAGAAAUGAGAAGUGCUGGAGGAGAGGAGGAGGGCACAAAGGCUGUGCUGACAUGUUCCCAUCACUGCUUGCUCACAGCAGAAAAUCCUUUCCACCUGCCAGGAGCUGUCAUUAGACAAGGCAACACUGGAUUUUUUUUUUUUUUUUGACCCUGAAAAUGAACUUUAGGAGGAUUUUCCUAGUCAAGUGUUUGCUGCUUUUAAUUCCCAGUGUAAAAUGCUCCAGCACCAGCUGGAUUUACAAGGCAGUGAAUGAGACAGCUCUUCUCAGCAUCACUGCUCCACUGACCCCUGGGAACAUCUACCAGGUAACAUGGACCAAAGACAGACAAAGGCUGGUUCAGCUCAAAGGUAGCAACUCUAAGCAUUUUGUGAACAAGGAGAAGUGCAGGUGUGGGAUUCUCCGAAACGGGACUCUGCAAAUCCGGCACCUGGAGAAAGAGGACAGUGGAAACUACACCGUGAUGGUUUAUCACGAUGGAAAACUGAAGGCAGAAGAAAAUAUAAUGUUCUUUGUUCAGGAACUUGUCCCUCAGCCAAUCCUCAUCUCUGAAUGUGGGAAUAAAAAUGUAUCUGUCAAAUGUGAAGUGAAACAGAAGGCUAAAGAUGAAGCAUUUAUAAUAGAGCUGACUCAACCCAAUGGCAAAAAAAUCCAAAAGAAUGCAACAAUGCUGCAAUGGCACGGGUGGAAUUCUGGGAUGUUCAGAUGUGUUGCUAAGAACCAAGUCAGUGAAAAAAUGGCUGAAAAAGUAAUUAAGUGCCCAGGCAAAUUGGACUUUUAUUUAAUCUUAAGCAUAGCAGGAGGUGCACUCAUCUUUGUCAUCUUAGUGAUUUGUCUUAUUUGCUGUAUCAGAAGGAAGAAAACAAAAAGGCGUGGAGUUUAUGAGGAGGAGCGAGCCAUGCACAUGCUGCCCAUGGAGCAUGAGAAGGGGAUGCAGGAGGUGCCCCAGACCGUAUCCAAGCCCACCCCAAAGCAGCUCCGGGUGCAGCAGAGGCCGCUGCCCCCCCAGCCCCAGGAGCAGCCGCUGCCCCCACGGCCCCAGCCACGACCCCGCACGCAGCCAUGGACUCCAAACCUCCCGAGGGAAAGGCGCUGAGCACAACUCCUGGUCUCUCUGCUCCACCAUUCACUGGGAAAAAAAGGAAGUUUCCCCCAGCCAGGAGCCCCUCCUGCCCAGCCCUGCAUAAUGCUCAGCUAUGAAAAGGCAGCUUUCGGUGCAGAAAAUUAG